AUGGACUACUUUAGCGUGGAUCUGUUUUAUAAUUUUGUUUUCGCCUUCCUGGCCUCGGUGUGCCGGGUGAUAGCGCUUAUAAUUUAUGAAAAUCAAAGCGAACCAUACAUGGAUGAAAUUUUUCAUGUGUCUCAAGCCCGUCAAUAUUGCAAUGGUAAUUUUUCCCAUUGGGAUCCAAUGAUCACGACAUUGCCAGGACUCUAUCUAGCCAGCAUAGGCUCUUUGAAGCCAAUUGAUGUUCUGUUCGAUGUAAAGACAUGUGGCAACUUGUACUGGCUGAGAUGUAUCAAUCUUAUUUUCUGCCUCGCAACCCUCUACAUUAUUUCUAUAAUUGUUGUUAAGUUGCAAAAACAAAAUGAGAUUAUAUCCAGUUGGCAUACAUCACUCCUUGCUCUAAACAUAACAACAUUUCCUGUUCUGUUUUUCUUCAAUUUUCUUUAUUACACAGAUGCUGGGUCAACAUUUUUUGUUUUGCUAUCAUAUUACUUUCACUUGAGCAAUGUUCACAGCCUGGCUGCUUGCAUGGGUGCUGUGUCCAUCAUCUUUCGACAAACGAAUGUAGUGUGGGUUGUAUUUUUAUUUUGGCUCACAUUAAUCCCCGUUCUAAACGGUCAAAGAAGAGUUAUAGGAAGGAACUUAAAUGGCAGCAAAUAUGAAUUAGAGUUUACAUCUGACCCUGUGAGUAAUAUCAAACUAAUUUUGAAGAAUAUCAUUCACACAAAUAUGAAGUUCAUGUUAGCACUAGUAGAAGAUUUUGUUGAUCAUCUUUUCCCCUACUGCAUAGUUAUUAUAGCAUUUUUAAUAUUUUUAUGGUUCAACAAUGGCAUUGUUGUAGGAGCUAAAUUAGACCAUGAAGCCUCUUUUCACUGUUCUCAACUGCUCUACUUUUUUGCCUUUUCAUUUUUCUUUUUUCUUCCACUGAUAUCUGUCUCAAAUACGUUAUCUGAUUUUCUAAAACACAUUAAAAAGAGGACAACGUUUAUAGUUGCGUCAGUGAUAGCUAUCACGACCAUCAUCCACUACACAACUAUGUCUCACAAAUAUUUGCUAGCAGAUAAUCGACACUACAUAUUCUAUAUUUGGAAAAAUGUCUUUCAAAAGCAUUGGUGCAUUAGGUAUUUGUUGGCUCCUGUUUACUUAUUUGCUAUGUACAGUCUUUGGCGCCUCUUCAAAUCUAUUAAUGUUUUAUGGAAGUUUGGUUUCAUUUGUUGUCUGGCAGCAGCCUUAGUUCCUGCUUCUCUGAUUGAAUUGAGGUAUUUCAUCAUUCCAUUUUUAUUUUUAAGACUCAAUGUACCUUAUUCCCAAAGUUAUUUCAAAAUUCUGGUUGAAUUCAUGUUUUACAAUGUUAUCAAUGCAUGCACUUUAACAAUAUUUGUUAAGAAAACCUUUAAAUGGCCAGACUCUGAUGAAAUUCAAAGGUUUAUGUUUUAA